AUGUUUUCAAUUCCGAAACUGACUUUGGGAACUUAUUUGAUGCACGGUGAGCAGGUAAGCAGCCAAUUCAAGAUGAAAUACAUUUGAUACUCAGCUAACGAACGCUGUUGACGAAGCACUUCGAAUCGGCUACCGUAGUUUCGACACUGCUCGAUUUUAUGAGAAUGAGAAGGAGUUGGGAGAUGCGCUAGAGGUAGGCUCUUUUGUGCUCAAUUUUUUUUCUGAACUUUUUUUCAGAUGUUGUUGCCAAAGUACAAUCUAGUGAGUUCGGAUAUUUACGUGAUCACCAAAUUGUUUCCGUUGCCUGUCGGUGGCGGAAAUUCGAAUCCGGAGAUUAUUGAGCAACAAGUUCGAGAAUCUUUGAAGAAUUUGGGGAGGAGGUAGGUUGUCUGUGUUCUCUCAUUUUUGUAUUAUCUCUAACUAACAAGGAUUCUAGCUGUCUGGACUCUCUCACUUUCGUGUAAUCUCAAUGGGUUUUUACUUUUGCAUGGUUCCUGUAGUCUCUCAAUUUCAUUUUAUCGCUAGGUGUCUGGUUGUCUGCACUCUCUAAUUUAUUUUUUUGAUCUCUAGCUGUCUGAACUCUCUCAAUGUUAUACAGUCUCUAAAACCCUUUUAGUAGUCUGAACCCUCUCAAAUUCACACAUUCUUUCAUUUUUGUCUGACUCUCUGAACUCUCUCGAUUUUGUACACUUUCUAACUUGGUCUGUAGACCACCACCUGCACUCUCUCACUUUUGCAUGAUGUCUAAGAAUUCUCUACUUCUCUGAACUCCGUUCUUCUCUUGUAAUCACUUGGAGUUCUAUAGCUCUCGUUGUCUGGACUCUCUCAUCUUCACAUACUGUAUCACCUUCUCUCGUUGUCUGGACUCUCUUAAUUGCAAACAAUGCCCACUUUCUCUCUCUUUUUCUCUUACCACUCUCGCCGUCUACCCUCUCCCCCAUACAUAUUUAUUCCAGCUACAUUGACCUUCUCUUGAUUCACUAUCCUCGCCCCUUCGAAAAUUCCGAUCUCGACCCUUCCAACCCCGAAACUCGUCGAAUUAUUUGGAAGAAGUUGGAAAAUCUCAAAAAUUCUGGAAUUAUUCGAAACCUCGGAGUUUCCAACUACGAAAGUCGACACAUUGAAGAAAUCAGGGCAUACAGUAGUCUGGUUCCAGCAGUAAAUCAAGUUGAAUACCACCCACAUUUUCAACGUGGCGAACUUCGCGAUUACUGUAGAUCCAGGGGUAUUCAGUUCCAAGCUUUUUCCCCAUUGGGUCGGCAAAAUGCGCAACUUCUAAAAGAUCCGGAAAUUCUAAAAAUCUCAGAGAAACUCCAGAAGCCAGUAGCGUGGAUUAUUUUGAGAUGGGCGGUGCAAAAUGGCGUUGGGGUUGUGUCAAAAUCAAUUACACCAUCGAGAUUGGCACAGAAUUUUGAGGUACUUAGAGAAUAUAAUAUGAGCAAUUAUAUUCACAUUAUUUGGGGUCAUAAAAACAGAAAAUAAAAAAACCCUAGAUUUUUUUCAGGCUACAGUAGGAACAGAUUUCGUUUUGGGACCUGAGGAGAUGAGAAUUUUAAACGGAUUGAAUCGUGAUUCUCCAUAUGUGGAAGACAAUGGUUGGCUGAGUAUCUAA